CUCUCUUCAACUUUAUCUAUUUGGAAUGCAUGCUAUAAAGUUUUUUCCUCUUCUCUUAGUUUCAAUAUUAGGUUUUUAACUCUAACACAAAGGAAGAUCAAUAGUUAGUUUCCUUAAACAAUUUUUUUUGUUUAGGUAGGGUUUUUCAAAGAAGAAGAGAACUUGUUUUCUUUAGAUUUUAGAGAAGAAAUGGAAGAGAGAAAUGAGAAAGAAAAAAUGGAUGAAGUGAUGCUACCAGGGUUUCGUUUUCAUCCAACUGAUGAAGAGUUAGUAGGGUUUUAUCUAAGGAGGAAAGUUCAGCACAAACCUAUCUCCAUAGAACUUAUCAAGCAACUUGACAUCUAUAAGUAUGAUCCAUGGGAUCUACCAACAGAGUUGGCAACAGUGGGAGAAAAAGAAUGGUAUUUCUACUGUCCCAGGGAUAGAAAAUAUAGAAAUAGUGCAAGGCCAAAUCGAGUAACUGGAGCUGGUUUUUGGAAAGCCACAGGUACUGAUAGGCCAAUUUACUCUUCUGAAGGAUCUAAAUGCAUUGGCUUGAAAAAAUCCUUAGUUUUCUACAAAGGCAGAGCUGCAAAAGGCAUUAAAACUGACUGGAUGAUGCAUGAGUUUAGGUUACCUUCUAUCACUGACUCCACUGCUCCAAAGAGAUUCUUGGACAAACAUAUUCCUCCUAAUGAUUCAUGGGCAAUAUGCAGGAUUUUCAAGAAAGCAAACUCCAAUGCACAUAGAGCUCUUUCUCAUUCUUGGGUGUCACCAACAGUACCUGAAAAUACUACAUCAGAUUUUCUAACCAGCAGCCACUUUACUAAUUAUUCAAAUGAAAUUUCAUUGAUAAACAAAACAAAUUCACCUAUCCAAUUUAGUGGUUGUAGCAUUAAUGAUUUACAAAACUCCUCAUCCAAUAUGGCUAGUUUUUCCACAUUAGAUCUUCCACUUUACAAAAGCCUCAACUCAAACUAUGACCCUAUUACAAGUUACACAUUUUCUUCUUGUACUGAAACCUCUGAAAUACUACCAUUACCAAAAUGCAUCAAUAUGAACAAUAAUAAUAUUGAUGCUUCUUCUUUGCUUCUAAACAUGUCAUCUUCUAUAUUUGGAGAUUACUCGAUACCGUUACCGGAGAAUAUAGAAGGUAGUGGUGUUCAUGAUCAAGAAACAACCUUAAAGGAAGCUACUCAUGUGAACAAUAUGGAUCAUUUGGAGGAACAAUGGAGAAAUGUUAGAUCUAUUGGAUUACUUCCUUUGAAUAAUUUUCCUUUGAAUAUGGCUGCUGAUGCUUGGAAGACGAAUUUGCUUUGGGAUUCUUCUCCUUGUCCUAGUAGUGAAUUGUCCACAAGUUAUUCUACUAACAAGUGUUACACUUGACCUACUACUAAUUUUUAGUGUUAUGUUUUUUAGUUUCAAGAACUUAGCUUUUGUUUUCUUUCUUUUGGAUUUUGUUUUGUUUUCUUUAUGGGGUACUUUUGGGCUUAGUUUUAGUUUUGGAUUAGUGUUGUAAAAACUCUAAUGUAGGUUUUUCAAUUGAUUCAUGACUAAUCAAAUCGUUUCCCGAAAGGUUUUGGCCAAGAUUAUGGAAGAAUAAUUCCAUGUUAUAACA